AUGCGACUUCCGGACUCGACCUCGGUGAAGGACAAAUUUACGCUACAGUCGGUCACUCUGGGCAAGAGGGAUGAGCAAAACCCAUACACGGCAGAACUGGCCGCCAUGGCAGAGGGCUUGCGAGGGGUGCCACACUCCUUCAGGCAACGAGUGGUAGUAGUGUUCACGAGUAACAACGGUGCUGCACUGAGUAUGAAACGACCGAGGCAACAGUCGGGUCAGCAAGAGAUUGCAGAUUUCUAUGCGGCGCAGGAAGACACGGAAGACCGAGAAAACAACGAAGAGAACGAAGAUACCAACGACAAUACUGGCCACGGUGCAAUCCACGGUACCGCGGCUUUACAGCAGCUGGCCAAAGAAGCAGCCCGCAAAGCGACUCUCGCAGGCUGUCCACCUCGCGUGAAGCCGUUUCGAGCCAAGUCGACCACGCUGAACAAUGCCAGAAAGAAACUCGGUGGCACAGAGGCACUGCCUGGUACUAUCGGCGCAUUCUCAAAACGGAUCGAUAGAGCAUUGCCAGGAGGCCAUACCCGACUAUUGUAUGAUGCACGGUCAUGGAGGGAAGCUAGUAUUCUGGUCCAGCUACGGGCAGGAAUGGCGAGACUCAACUACUACCUGGCCCAGAUCGGCGCGGUCACUUCGCCAGACUCUGAUUAA